GCAGUGGCGUGCUGGGAGGGUCUCGAGCUGGGGUCAGUCUAGCCGUCCGUCCUCUGCUGUGCAAGUGCGGGCGCUCCCGGGGCUCUGGAAGUGAGGGCGCGCCUGGAACGCCCCAGUCCGGCCAGGCUUGGCACGGGGCGCCGCCCCCGAGACCUCCGAGGAGUCAGCUCCUCUGUGGUUCCCGAGACCCUGGAGUUCGUCUCUCGCGGCUCAGUGCCCUCACGGAGGUUGGAGUGUACUUGCAGAGGUCGUUAUCUGCGGAGGUCGAAUCUGCUCGUGGGGAGGAGGAGGGGCGUGCCCGUGUUCCAGCUUUUGCGCGGUGGCCCCUGGGUGGGGUGAAGCUCCCCAGUCUUUAUUAUCGUCCCCCGCCCCAGUGUGGGCCGCUGGCUGCAGGAUGAACUGUCGCUCGGAGGUGCUGGAGGUGUCGGUGGAGGGGCGGCAGGUAGAGGAGGCCAUGCUGGCUGUGCUGCACACGGUGCUCCUGCACCGGAGCACAGGCAAGUUCCACUACAAGAAGGAGGGCACCUACUCUAUCGGCACUGUGGGCACCCAGGACGUGGACUGUGACUUCAUCGACUUCACCUACGUGCGUGUCUCUUCUGAGGAACUAGACCGUGCCCUGCGCAAAGUUGUAGGGGAAUUCAAGGAUGCACUGCGCAACUCUGGUGGUGAUGGGCUAGGCCAGAUGUCCUUGGAGUUCUACCAGAAGAAGAAGUCUCGCUGGCCCUUUUCAGACGAGUGCAUCCCGUGGGAAGUGUGGACAGUGAAGGUGCACGUGGUAGCCCUGGCCACGGAGCAGGAGCGGCAGAUCUGCCGGGAGAAGGUGGGUGAGAAACUCUGUGAGAAGAUCAUCAACAUUGUGGAGGUGAUGAACCGACAUGAGUACCUGCCCAAGAUGCCCACGCAGUCAGAGGUGGACAACGUGUUUGACACGGGCUUACGGGACGUACAGCCCUACCUCUACAAGAUCUCCUUUCAAAUCACUGAUGCCCUGGGCACCUCCGUCACCACCACCAUGCGCAGGCUCAUCAAAGAUACUCUUGCCCUCUAGGCCUCUCUGGAGCAUGGGAGCUCUUUGAUGGCCCCAGACCUUGGCUUCUGGGGAUUGUACUGUUAGGCCCUUGGGGCUCUGGAGUUAGUUCUUGGUGAGACUUGGAAGGGACAGCCCCUGGCUUCCUUGUUUUGUGGUUGCCAGCCUGGUCAUCCCUUUAACCUUUACUGACAUUCGUGUUGUGCCUACACUGUCUCUCCACACCCCUAGUGGGGUUCCCCUUCCUUCUCCACUGUACAGAAGAGCCACCAGUAGGAUGGUGAAUAAAGUUGAGAGUAUGA